GGGGAGGGGAGCGGGUGUUGCGAGGUUGUGACCAGAGUGACUAGCUACUAGCUAACGUCACAUUACUUAAAAACAGCGAACGUUUGAUUGAGAUCAUCGCUGUAGCUGAUCGAUUGUAACUAUAAAGAUAUAUUGGACGAGUGUGGAAAAUUCAGUAGUGGAUUAAUAUACCAGGUCGUCCUGAUAAACAUGGGCAACUUCAGGAUUUUUAUCUUUGUCCUCGUCGUUAUUUUCAGUCUGACAACAGUGUUCGCCCAGACUUCCGCACCUGGCACAGUCUGUGCUGCGAAAUCCAACACAACCUGUGAGGACUGUCUGAGCAAUGUGUCGUGUCUGUGGUGCGGAACGACGAAGCGAUGCAUAGACUACCCAGUGAGGACCAUCCUGCCCCCCCAUUCCCUGUGUCCCCUGGCUGAAGCUCGGUGGGGGGUGUGCUGGGUGAACUUCCAGGCUUUGAUCAUCGCCAUGUCCGUGAUUGCCGGGAUCAUCAUCAUCGCCAUACUUGUCUGCUGUUUCUGCUGCUGCAAGUGUGAGAAAAUUGGGGCAAAGAGGACAACGGAGAAGAUGGACCAGGAGGCUGAGAAGAGGAAGGUCCGUCAGGAGGAGAGGAGAGCUGAGAUGAAGAUGAGACAUGAUGAAAUUAGACAGAAAUACGGCCUGACGAAGGAGAACCCUUACGCCAGAUUUGAGAACAAUUAACUUCACAGCCACCAUUCUGAACAUUCUCUCACUCCAUGUGAUACAUUUCAUUCUCUACAAUGAUGUCAGAACUGUGCUUUUGUCACACAGAACAUUAUAGCGUGCUACAGUAGCACUCCUACACAGGCGUGAAUAUUACAGUGUGCUGCAGUAGCUCUCUGUAGACUAAAGCAGGUUGCUUGGUUGGGGUUAGUCAAUUUAAAUUCAGUCCAUGAAUUGAAAAUCGCCCCUUAUUCUCUAAGAAGCUUUUCCAAUUCAUGAAUUGAAUUUCAGUUCAUUUUUUGAACUGACUGAAUUGAAAUUAAACUGACCUUAGUUGUGUCAGGUUGUGUGGUGAGCUUGAAGUCAGCCACCCUGUUUGGUAGAUUAAUGUUUGAUUCUCCUUUGAUUUUACAAAAGGAAGUCUGCUUAAACGUUAACCCUGAUCAGAAUGGCAAGAGAGCCUUUCCGCUACUCAGUUCUGUGUAACAACACCACAGCUCUGAUGUCAUGGUCUUGUACUCUCACCCAGCCCUCUGAAUAUAGAAAAUGACAAAUGAGGCUGUAUGUCAGCCUGCAAUUUACUUUAUUCACAAAAGUAAGAUGCCAGAAAUUUACUUCCAUAUCGAUUUUAAAAGACUUGGCUAUAUGGAUCUUGCCCAUGAGUUAGCUAAUCCGUCAUCUGCAGUCUCUAUCAUGAGUCACUGUCUCAACAGCAGGUUUGAGAAACUAUUCAUGCAUGUUUUAGCAUGAUAAAUGCUAAGUAAGCUCCUCCAUCUUCAUGGCAGACACAAUAUUCCUCAGUUUAGAUCACAUUCUGUCAUAAAGGUAAUGUUGCUUUAAAAUGCUUGUGUUCAGAACAACCAGCAUCUACAAUUACUUGUUUCAUGUCUCAUGGUUCGGAUGAUUAUUUACAAAAUGUAAGGAGAGAUGCUGAACACCAAAGCUUUUGGGAAUUGUGGCAAUUGUCUACUUUUGGGUGCUUUUUAUUUUAGUUGACUCACCCUAAAGUGGUUUAACAAUGCUACUGUACAGUGGAUUAACAUCAUACACCGGAUGGUGCUAAUCUACAUUGUUGAAAGCUUUGCCUUAUUUUAGCUUUGUUUGUUUCCUGGUGGCUGAGUGGCAAGUGGUUUCUUUUGCAGUGCUUGUAAGAAACUUUGGUGUCAUACAGUUAUUUGUUCACAAAAAGUAAUUCAUUUUUUGUAAACACACCAGUAGGUUUUUAACUUGUAUGUGAAUGUGUACGGCUGGAUAGCUGGUGUCCCGCUCUUUCACAGAAAUGGAAGACUGCUUUGUUCAAUAUCAUUUCAGACAUUUCCUGAAUCCAACUUUCACCGCAUGGUUGCACUUGUCCUAGUCUAACUGUUCUGACCUGCGGUUUGAUAGGUCCAAAAUUUCCCUGAAGUAGAGGAGAUUUUCUGUGUUGAUUGAUUUGUAAACAUUUAUGAUGCACUCCAAAACUCUGUAUUUAAAUCCAAAAUCAAUCCUUGUGAUGUACUUGUUUACUGCAGUUCCUUUACACUGGUUUGUCUGGGGUUGACCUUUGGGUCUGGUGUAUGGAAUUCACUUAUGUGGAGAGACACAGACUUCUCUUACCAUUCUACCUUGAUUUUUGUGUUAUUUUUUCAGUAGCCUAUUUUCA